AGACUACAUGAAGCUAAUAAGCUAGAUAAUUAAUCCUUUUUAUUUGUCUUGAGCUGAAACAAAUGCAUUCGUAUAUGGCCUCAAAGUAAAAACAGCACUGUUAAAUGUGUAAUGUUUAUGUCGCCUUCUCGUAGAGGAAGUGAACCUUAAGGAGUCAGAUGGGGGCGGGAAAACCUGAUAUCUCGCCCCUGAGGAAACCCUUUAUUUUGAUGCGUGCGGCAGGCUGCCGUGAGCGCGCAUUUUUCCCACUCGCUGGAGCCCCCAUUCUUAAAUUAGGGCGGCGCGUUCCUGCUGCAAGAGAAGUGAACGCGCUUGAGGGGCUGCGGUCCCAUUGACGGCUCGGCAUCAGCAUCAGCAUCAGCACCAAGUGUCCGCCUUGCCUGGCAGCGACGCAGACCGCCAUCCAAGACCCCACUCUCCUCUGCUCGGCCUGAACCUGGAUCGUCCCCGUGUGCCAUCGUCCACACCGACCGCUGGAGAAAUGGGCUCCCCGUGAAACGGAGGUGGUGGAGGGGAGAAGCAGGCGGGCUGGCGGGCGGGGGUGGGGGGUAGAAGACACCGGUGCAGCAAUAGUGAAGAAGCGAAGCUGGUAACGGCAAUCCGCCACAACAAGCGCCCUUCUUACAGCUGCUACUACAACCGCGAGCACCGACACCGCCGUCCCGGGUGCCCCCCACCGCCGCCAUGGGAACUCCACAUCAGCCGCUCGAACCACAUCAUCCGUGGGCCAUGUCGUGAUCCGUGGGCUUUGCUAUCCGUGAUCCCAAUCGAGGGGAAGGAGGAGGAAGAAAGAGGAGAGGCAAGAUGUUCGCCUCAGUAGGCCCUCGGGGUCCACCCGUCGCCCAGGCCAUCCCGGAGCCGGACUUGAGCCACUUGACGGAUGAGGAGAGGAAGAUCAUCAUGGCUGUGCUGGCUCGGCAACGGGAGGAAGAGGCAAAAGAGGAGGCCAUGCUAAAAGAAGAGAAGCCAAUCCAAGCCAGAACCGUGAACUUGGUUGGGCAGAAAAAACCUCAGCAGCAAAAUGACGUCCGGGGCAUCCAGCAGCAGCUUUCCAGCUACAGGGAGACAGUGAUCCGGCAGGCCACGGCUGCAGCAGGCUCAGCAGUUCACCGGGACGAUGCCCCCACCUGCGGCAUCUGCCAGAAGACCAAGUUUGCAGACGGUUGUGGGAACUUGUGCUCGUACUGUCAGACCAAGUUUUGUGCUCGCUGUGGGGGGAGGGUCUCCCUACGAUCCAACACGGAGGACAAAGUGGUGAUCUGGGUUUGUAAUAACUGCCGGAAACAACAGGAGAUCCUAACCAAGCCGGGUGAUUGGUUCACUGGUCCAUCAGGAAAGCCCACUGGUCUUGGUUCAGCCAUCAGUGAGCCAUCUGUGUGCCAAGCCCCCAGUGAUAAGAAGCUGCGGUCCCACUCCCAAGCCCCUCCGGGCUCCACAACAUCCUUAGAACCCAACCGAGCCAGUGCACCAGGGAGCACAGCUGGAACAGAUGUCCGAUCACGGAGCGAACCACCAAGAGACACGAGAAAUGGAAAAGGCGGUGGAGGAACUGGUCGGGGAGAGCGCAGGACAGGCCAUGCCAAGCUGGAGACCCAGGUUUCCAUGGAUCGAGAUCUCCGGGGUGAAUCUAGGGAACGCAGGGAAAGCCGCCGGCUUACAAAGGGACGUUCUUUGGAGAUUGAUCCUGUAGGAGGAAGUGAUGCAGUGAGGCGGACACAAGAGGGGGGCUACCAAAACAUGGACCAAAGCGGUGGCCCCCCUUGCCAAGCAGGGCCAAUCCCUUCUGGAGGCCAGGGCCACCUUGUACAAGGUCGUGGUACUGGAAUUAUGGGGAAGAUGAGAGAUGGCCUAGUGUCUGAACAGAGGACAGCUGGAGGGCUGCAUGAACACAACACGACGCAAAAAGACAACCACCCUGAACUCAGAGAAUCUCUGGGUUCAACUGGAUCAACCCCUGGUCAGGGACCUGUAGUGAGACGAAACAAAAGGGACAAAGCCGACAGCAUGCUGCGCAAUGAUUCAUUAAGCUCAGAUCAAUCGGAAUCUUUGCGUCCACCACCACCCAGGCCAUACAAAUCAAAACGAGGGCUGGGAUCUGGAGGCAAGAGGCAAACCAGUGUCAGCAGCUCAGAGGAGGAAGGAGGGACCACACCUGAGUACAGCAGCUGUGAGGAUGCUGAGAUCGAAAGCGUCAGUGAAAGAGGUGACUGGGAGUGCUACCCUCAUGACCCCACUGUAUGGCAUCAUCCUGUAACCUGGCAGCCAUCAAAGGAGGGUGACCAUCUGAUUGGCAGAAUCACCCUCAGCAAGAGGAGCGCAUCCAUGCCAAAAGAAGCCGGCGCUCUCCUGGGGUUGAAGGUUGUAGGAGGAAGAAUCACAGAGUCAGGGAGAUUAGGUGCCUUCAUCACCAAGGUCAAGAAGGGCAGCCUGGCCGAUGUGGUUGGGCAUCUGAGAGCAGGGGAUGAGGUUUUACAGUGGAAUGGGAAGCUGUUACCAGGAGCCACCAUGAAGGAAGUUUACAACAUCAUCCUCGAAUCUCAAGCUGAGCCUCAAGUCGAGCUGGUUGUAUCCCGACCAAUCGGGGUGUAUAGAAAAUAUCAUGAUAUCCCAAGAAUCCCAGACACGUCCCACCCUCCAUUAGAAUCUACAGGUUCGAGUUCAUUUGAGUCCCAGAAGAUGGAGAGACCAUCCCUAAAUCUUUUAUCUCCCACCAGUCCUGGAAUGGUUCUGGAUGCUCCACAGCUAAUGCCAGGAAAACUUUCUGUGAAGCUGUGGUAUGACAAAGCAGGUCACCAGCUAAUAGUCAAUGUGCUCCAGGCGGCAGAACUCCCUCUCCGGCCUGAUGGACGUCCAAGAAGCCCCUACGUCAAAAUGUACUUCCUUCCUGACCGCAGUGACAAGAGCAAGCGCAGGACAAAAGCAGUGAAGAAGACCUGUGAGCCCAAGUGGAACCAAACAUUCGUCUACACUCACAUCCAUCGUAGGGAUUUUCGUAAUCAUAUGCUGGAGCUGACUGUGUGGGACCAGCCCAGGUCACCAGAGGAGGACAGCAUCUUUAUGGGUGAAAUCCUUAUAGAGCUGGAGACAGCCCUGCUGGAUGACAAGCCACACUGGUAUCCACUCCAAACCCACGAUGUGUCAUCCAUACCUCUCCCAAGGCCCUCCCCGUACCUGUCUCGUCGACACACACACACAGACAAUCCCGGCAGGAAGCUGCAGCGUUCUCAGCGUGUAACAGAGCCUGAAUUUGAGGGUACAGCAGUAGUGUCUAAAGCAGCGGAUGGGCGUGGCAGGGAGCGACAGCGGGAGCCCACAGCCACCUUGGAGGUGCCCAAGCGCCAGAGGACGCCCUCACAUCAUAUACGUUCCCGCUCGGUCUCCCCGCACCGUGAGGAGCAAGGAUGCAUCCGGUCUAGGCCAGCCAACGUCCCUGCACAGAGGAGUCUAGACGAGGAGCUUUCACACUCUCUGCGUUCUCGUUCUCCCACCCGCUACUACGACUCUGCUAGAAGUCACCUUAAGGAUGAGGAGUACCUGGAUGACAGUGAAGUCAUCAUGAUUCACCAAUCAAUGCGAGGCAAAAGUGCUGAAUGCAUCCGCUCCAGGACACCAACUAGGCACUAUAAAACACUCCCAACCAAGAUGCCACUUUUAUUCAACAAUACCCACAACAACAUGAAAAGUGAUCUUCAACCUUCUCUGGACAGGGUUAGGAGUGCUAGCACCAACUGUCUGACUCCAGAUAAUCAUGCCCCCUCACCUGAGUUGGAAAGAAAAUCAUUGUGCCAUUCCUUGCCCUGGAGACGGCCUCCCAGUCCCAGGAUUUUUAUCCAACAUGCCUCCCCUGAAGAUGACAGGCAGCCUCAGACCUUGGAUACACCUGAAUGUCAGACACGUGGCAGGAAUCUCUCUGAAAGCAGCAGGGGUCACCAUCAAGGUACAUCUCUAUCCUCAGUGACGUCUUCGUCAGCUCGCAAAGUGAGGCAGCUCCCCCAGCUUCCCCCCAAGAGCAACAGUGUAGAGCAAGCCCUGGUAGCAGAGGAGCGCGUCCGUGAACUCCAGAUGAGGGUUCAAUCUAACCGGAUGUCAGCUGCCAAUACCUCCAGCCAGCAGGACCUGGAUAGAGCCCUCAAGAGCAAACGGGAGCUCUACAAGGACCACAGGACAAGCAGCGAGAAUGCUUCCCAUAAGUCUUCAGACAGUGAUGUCAGCGACGUGUCAGCCAUCUCUCGAACCAGCAGUGCCUCUCGCAUUAGUAGCACCAGCUACAUGUCCAUCCAGUCAGAGAGACCCCGAGGACGCUUCAGUCGAGCCAUGCGUGUGACGGGCCGCCACAUGAUGAAGAGCACCAGUGUGAGCGGCGAGAUCUACGGUAUGGAGCACGCAGAUGGCAGCCAAUCCGACACCGCCCUCGGGAGCUUGGGAAACGGGAUCAAAAAGCGGCGCUCCAGCCUCAGCCAACGUGUUGUUGCCAUCCUGCCAUCGAGGCGCAGUCGGAGUACCUCGCAGCUCAGCCAGACAGAGGCGGCGGGUAAGGCGGCAGAGAGACAGAAAGAAUCAUCAGCGGGUAAGAAGGUGUCUAAGGCCGGCAGCAGCAGCAUCCAAAGGAGCGUGGAGACGGGCAGGGCGGUGGAGUACCCACGAGGAGGGUCAGCCAUGAACCGUCAGGCCAGUAGGGAAUCUACUGAUGGCAGCAUGAACAGCUACAGCUCUGAGGGAAAUCUGAUCUUCUCAGGGAUGAGGUUGGGUGCUGACAGCCAGUUCAGUGACUUUCUGGAUGGUUUAGGGCCCGGUCAGCUGGUGGGCCGGCAAACACUGGCAACACCUGCAAUGGGUGAUGUUCAAAUUGGUUUGAUGGAUAAGAAAGGACAGUUGGAGGUGGAGGUGAUCAGGGCGCGAGGCCUUACUCCCAAACCGGGCUCCAAAUCCCUCCCAGCUCCCUACGUCAAGGUGUACCUGCUGGAUAAUGGAAAUUGUAAAGCCAAAAAGAAAACGAAGAUUGCACGAAAGACCCUGGAGCCUCUGUACCAGCAGCAUCUGCUCUUUGAAGAGAGUCCUCAGGGCAAGGUGCUUCAGGUGAUAGUGUGGGGCGACUAUGGACGGUUGGACCACAAAUGUUUUAUGGGUGUAGCACAGAUCUUACUGGAGGAUUUGGAUCUCUCAAGCACGGUGAUCGGAUGGUACAAACUCUUUCCACCGUCCUCAUUGGUGGAUCCGACUCUAGCUCCGCUUACACGACUGGCGUCUCAGACAUCAUUGGACAGCUCAGGACCAGCCCCGGGUGUUCGGUCCUAGUGACCGUGAUGACACGAACCCUCCAAAAUCCCUUCAAUGACAAAAUAGAGGAACACAGAGGUUGGCAAAAUGCCCGAUCUCGGUGAAACAAUAAAAGCCAGACAGAGAGACGGCGAAUGAGCGAGGGAGAGAUAGAACGAGCCAAUCAGCGCUUCAAAGGAGUCUGACAAUCAUUUCUCACACCUUCCCUUCUUUCUCUACUUGAGCCUUUUGUUUUGCAAGCUUGGUCAUUUGUGUUCCUCUGAGCUGCAGGUUUAUGUCCACCUUCAUGAUCUUUUCUCUGGAUUGGAUUUCUAUCAUGUAUCUUUUUUCCUUUUUUUUUUUUACUUUUGUGCACCUGAUAGCUAGCAGUGCUAGAAACUCUGUGUUGGAGUUCCUAAGGGGUCAAACUGAUACACCUUCAUGUGGAUCAAUGCCUGCCUGAGAUCUCCAUUGGCAUUGAUGAGUGUAGCUGAGAACGAGGGGCUGCUGUUUGCCAUGGUUUGCUAAACUUUUUAAGUAAGACACACACACACACACACACACACAUUCUGAUUCCUUGCCUUGUUGUGAGAUAUGAACGGAAGCACAAGAGAGUGGCAGCAAAGGUUUUGAUCUUUGUGUGAACAGGAAAUAAUACACGCCAAAUGUACGUGCUUUUUAUGCUUUACAGUAAUCCCUCGCCACUUUGCACUAUGGAUCAGUUUUUCAAAAAUAUAUUAAUGAAUCAUGCUGUUUUAUGUUUGAAUACGGGCUACUAUUAGUCAAAGGAAAUCUGCUUAUUUAAAGAAAUGUUACGUAUUUGGGCCUGAAUGGAGCAUUUUCGAUCAUAACAUGACUAAAUGAAGUAAAAUCCAAAUAUACGGCAUUCAGAAGACACAUUCAAAGACGUUGCGUAGAUAUGUAGUAUUCUAAACUGGUCACUAGGUGUCAGUAGUGUUACGGUAAUGUCCGAUGACACACACAGGCACCAGACUUGAUCACCGCAACAACAAAUUGAACUCUGAAUCCCUGACGUCGCUCCUUGUCUGCUCACCACUUAGCUCCCCAUCAUCAGAACACAUUUACAGCAACACACAUUUAUGUCUUAAAUGUCUUAUUUUCUCUUAUUUUAUCUACUAUAUUGGGUAAUGGAACUGUAAAGGUGACUAUAGGGGUGUUAUUUCAUGUCUAGAGGGCUCUAAUAAUGUUAAAAAUGGUAUUUAGAAGGUUGUAAACAGGUUUUCUAUGCUCUAACUAUGAAAAUGUUCCAUAUCUAAAUAAGGAAUCUUACUUUGGGGAAAUUCACUUAUCACUGUCGGGUCUGGCGGCAGUUAACCGCCAUAAACGAGGGAUUACUGCAGGGGUGUCCAAAGUGCAGCACAUUAAAAAAAUACAAUUACAGAACAAAACAAUAGAAAUAGAAAAAAACAGCAGUAGUUUGACCUGAAUAAAGUCUAAAUAUUAGGAGAAUAAAGUAGAAUAUAACAAGAACAAAAUGUUACCAUAAUAAAGUUGGAAUAUUAAAGAAAAACUGUAAUUUUCUAAAGUGGGAAUGAUAUGAGAGACAAAUCAAAGAAUGAAGGUGGACAUUCAGGUGGGGGAAAAGUGAUGAUAUUAGGAGAAUAAAUUCAAAAUGUUACAGGAAAAAAGUUGUCAUCUUAUGAGAACAAAGUCGUAAUAUUCAGAGGAAAAAACAUUUUUUUCGCAUUGAGUUUAAAUAUUAAAGAAAAACUGUUGUUUUUUUAAGUGCUACUAUUAUGAGAGAGAAAACAAAGAAUUAAGUUGCAAAUGUUGGAAAAUUUGGUUGGGAAAAAUUGAUAUUAUUAUGAGAAUAAAGUCAAAAUAUUAUGGGAAUAAAGUCAUAACAUUACAAGACAAAGAAAAUGUAAAUGUGCAAAUAUUUGGAAAAAUAACCAGCAACAGAUGGAAAAAGGAGCAAAAAAAAGUGUAAUUUCAGGAGAAAAAGUUGAUACCAGUUAUGCGCUUCUUCACUGAUAUCCCAAAGGCUGUUUCUUAUUGGAGUACACGUAACCUGUUAACAAAUGACCAUGAGCUGGUUUGUAAAAUGCCAAAUGGAAAACGUGUCCCAUCCGCCCUUUGACUUUUCAGUAUGCGACCUUUGAUGAAAAUGUUUGGACACCCCUGGAUUGCCGCAUUUAGAAUUUCCGUUCUUUUGUUUAACGUUCACGGUACCGCCCUGUCCCAACCCCCAGCUGCAUGCAUGUUUUGUUCAUUUCAUUUACUUUCACUUCUGUUUUUUUUUUUGCUGCUUUAUUUUAUUUGUUGAACUCGACGACAAAAGAAAUGAACAAAUCUUGAAAAAAAGAGAAAAAGAAAGAAAAAAGACGCUGCUGUGUGUGUUAGUUCCACAUACUUUUAGACCAGCUUGUACGUUGCAUGUUCUUGUACAGUUUGCUUGUACUGAAUAUGAAUACAAACUGAGAAAUCGCCAAGCCGAUCCUCACCCCGACCGAGGGGGUAGUGUCUACCCGGCCACGCCUUCCACUCUGGGUCUCACUAUUCAUAUCAAGAAUUGCUCCUUUUUGCCCUUUGAAUGCCAGUGCUGUGCUGUAGUACGGAGCAUACUGGUCCCCCCCUGCUGAUCAUGACCAUGUAAUUGUAGUGUCAGUUUGCCAGCUCCAGACAGAGAUAGAGAAUGUGUGUAAAAGAGCUAUACGUUAGGAGUUGAAAGAAAUGAUCGAGAUAGAGAUAUAUAUGAAUAUAUAAACGAGUGUACCUGCACACCUUGUACAUAGAAAACCAGGAGAGGUUGUGGACAAGACAAACAUCAGUGACACACACACACACACACACGCAUUUCUGUGUUUUGUUGAUUUGUUUUGCUUGGAGAGAAAGUGUCAUCCUUUUGUUGAGCUCUAGCUGCUGAGCGGUGCUGAGCCACAGGGGGGCGCUGAAAGGCCCUAUGUGUGUGUUUUUUUGUUUUUUUUCCCCAAGAAAGCAGAAACGGCUGAACGGUUGUUUUUCUUUCCACGAACUCCCUCCUUCUGUUCAAAUCUGUUGGUUGGGACCGGACAUCUAGAACCGAUGAAGAAUCUGAUUUUGCAGACCCGCGUUGCUGAUGUUUGUGUUGAAACUCUCGGCAGUGUGGCCGACUGCCCUUUCCUUUGUCAGUAUUACUUGACAAAUACUGAUUGUUUACAGCCCAUGGCUCCCCGAACCCAAACCACGAUGCUAGACGAAAGACGGAGAAGUAUUCACUGCAACAGUUCUUGUUUGUAUAACAGAUGUGGCUCUACUGAUGUGUAUGUUUUAUAUUCAAGAGUUCAUUUUUAUUAUUUACAAAUAAAAGACUGUGCAGAAGAAGACAGCUGCUCUUUCCAAAGAAAAUGCCUCGUUAUUACCAGUUCCUAGCGGCAGAGCCGAAGACAACAUGCAAAGAAAACAUUGGAAAGAUCGUUCCAGUUGUCUCUCGGAUCCACUCGCUAGAGACAAGGUAAGAGAGGUGACUUGACAUUAUUCGUAUUUCCUGAUUUUCAAUCAGUUCAUCUGCAGGCUGCACUGUGCAUCUUGGCCCACGUUCACAGAUUCCCAUUGUCUGAGAGGUGAGCUACGCUAGCCUAAAAGCUGUCGCUGUCAACUCGUUGCCCAAAGAAAACUGCACUUUUUGGGGGAGGAUUUUGCCCCUCAUCCACAGUCCUUAUGUGAAACAUGAACACAUAUGUCUUUCUCUUUUGUGUGCGUUCUAAAGAUAUAAAAGCAGAUCAAAUGAGACAGCUAGGAACGCGCGUAAUGGGAUGCACCUAUUCCGCCUAUAAAGCAUCUGCAAAAAACUCCCAAAAUGGUCCGUUUAAAUAAUGUGACCUGUAUCUUAACCAAGCUGCAGGGAUAUUGUCAUCCAUCCACUGGGGGUAUGCUGGAGCCUAUCCCAGCUGACUUAGGGCGAGGUACACCCUGGACUGGUCACCAGCCAAUCAACCAUUCACACUCACAUUCAUACCUAUGGACAAUUUAGAGCCGCCAAUUAAGCUAACGUGCAUGUUUUUGGAA